GUCCUCAGCCCCAGGAAUAUCCUCAGCCCCAGGAAUAUCCUCAGUCCCAGGAUUGUCCUCAGCCCCAGGAUUGUCCUCAGCCCCAGGAAUGUCCCAGUCCCAGGAAUGUCCUCAGCCCUGGGAUUGUCCUGGGCCUUGGGAUUGUCCUGGGCCUUGGGAUUGUCCUCAGCCCUAGGAUUGUCCUCAGCCCUAGGAUUGUCCUCAGCCCUAGGAUUGUCCUCAGCCCUGGGAAUGUCCUCAGCCCCAGGAAAGUCCUCAGCCCGGGGUGUCCCCUCCACCCCGGUGACACAGAUGCCAGGGUGGGAACAGCGCCAGUGUUGCGACACCAGCCCGUGUUGUCCUUAUUCUGUGCAACCCCUAUAACUAAUUAACUAAUCAACUAAUCCCUCACUAACUAGAACUGCCUCGAGUUCCCGCGGUGCCCGUGGCACUUAAGGACACGAGGCACCUCUUUAGCUGCAGAUCCAGAGCAGCUCUGGGAAUGUGCAUCCCAGACUCCCCGGAUUUGGCCCAUCCAGGAGCAGUUUAAUGUUAAAAUUACGGUUUGGGAAGGGAACAAUUGAUCUGUGUUGGCUCAGGAAGCUCCGUGGGAUGGAGGGACCCCCCGAGGGGGCUGCUGCAGAUCAGCUUUCCUUAUCAAGGAGACAAUUAAUCUCCCAAAUUGUCCCUGGUUUAAUUGUUCUCCACAGCAAAUACUCCAUUCCUGACCCAGCCAACAGCCAAUUAGAGCAACUGCACACAGCCCAACUCCUGUCCCCAAAACUGGGCUCAUUUGGGGUUUUAGCAGCUGGGGAUUGAUCCAGAAAAGCCAUUUGAGCAUCUAAAACAUUGGGUGUCUCUGUGGGGUGCCAGGAAACAAGGACAUGGCAGAUUUUCCUUGGGUUUCAGGGUGGUGGUGGAUUUGGGGUUGGCCAUUGUGAGGCCGCCUGUGGGGUGUUGGUGUUCUGUCCUUGCCCAAAAUCCUGAUUCUUGUCAUGGAUAAAAUGAAGAGGAGACACCUGAGCAGCUUCCAGAGGCUGAUCCUGACUGGGCUCUGCUUUCUCUUCCAGCCAAAGCCCUCAAAGAUGGAUAUAGAAGACUGUAACGGGCGAGCCUACAUACCUGGAAUCUGCUCUUCCUGGAAGGUGAGUGGCUGCGUGCGCCCUGCCAGCGACGCAGACAUGCACACGCAGCCCGGAAUCCAGCGCUGUUUCCAAGGAGUUGGAUGUGAUAACACUCCAGGGUAUCUCCAGCAAGGCAGCGGGGAUUCCUCCCUGGAGAAGGAAUUCACCUCGGCGAUCGUGGGCCCCACGGUGAGCACCCCCAACAGCCAGCACUCCUCCCCGAGCCGCUCCCUCAGCGCCAACUCCAUCAAGGUGGAGAUGUACAGCGAUGAGGAGUCCAGCCGGCUGCUGUCGCAGGACGACCGGAUGCUGGAGAAGGAGGACAGUGUCAUCGUGGAGGACUCGCUCUCGGAGCCCCUGGGCUACUGCGACGGGACGGGCCCGGAGCCGCACUCCCCCGGCGGGAUCCGCCUUCCCAACGGGAAGCUGAAGUGUGACAUCUGCGGCAUGGUUUGCAUCGGCCCCAACGUGCUCAUGGUGCACAAGCGCAGCCACACCGGAGAAAGGCCCUUCCACUGCAACCAGUGCGGAGCCUCCUUCACCCAGAAGGGAAACCUCCUGCGCCACAUCAAGCUGCACUCGGGCGAGAAGCCCUUCAAAUGUCCCUUCUGCAACUACGCCUGUCGCCGGCGGGACGCGCUCACCGGCCACCUCCGCACGCAUUCCGUCUCCUCCCCCACCGUCGGCAAACCCUACAAGUGCAACUACUGCGGCCGGAGCUACAAACAGCAGAGCACGUUGGAGGAGCACAAGGAGCGCUGCCACAGUUACCUGCAGAGCCUCAAUCCCGAGCCGCAGGCGCUGCCCGGGCAGCAAGGUGAGGAGAUGCGGGACCUGGAGAUCGUGCCCGAUUCCCUGCUCCACCCCUCGGCCGAGCGGCCGACCUUCAUCGACCGCCUGGCCAACAGCUUCACCAAACGGAAACGCUCCACGCCGCAGAAAUUCGUGGGGGAGAAGCAGAUGCGCUUCGCCCUCUCCGAGCUCCCCUUCGACGUGAACUCCAGCUUCGAGAAGGACGUGGAGGUGGUCUCGGCCCACCACCCCCUCGACGCCUCCUACGGCGGCCCCCUGUCCCUGCUGGGGGGGGAGCACCUGCGCUCGCUCCGCCUGCCCCCCACAAACUGCAUCUCCGAGGUCACCCCCGUCAUCAGCUCCGUCUACACCCAGAUCCAGGCGCUGCCGGCGCGGCUGGAGCUGCCGGGGGGCCGGGAGGCCGCCGAGGGCCACGAGGAGGUGCCCGACGGGGUGUCGGUGGUGUUCCGGGCCCGGGAGCCCAGCGGGUCUCCCUCCAACGGCUGCCAGGACUCCACGGACACGGAGAGCAUCCACGAGGAGCGGGGCUCGCAGCUGGCGCCCGGGAGCAGCCGGCACAGCCCAGCCUACGCCAAAGAGGAGCCCAAGGGGCCGGAGGGACCCCCGGGCGCCCGGUGCACCCCCAGCUCCGCCAAAGAAUCCCUGCGGGUGCUCAACGAGGACGGGGAGCAGCUCCGGGCCUUCAAGUGCGAGCACUGCCGGAUCCUCUUCCUGGACCACGUCAUGUUCACCAUCCACAUGGGCUGCCACGGCUUCAGAGACCCUUUCGAGUGCAACAUCUGUGGCUACCACAGCCAGGACCGGUACGAGUUCUCCUCCCACAUCGUGCGGGGCGAGCACAAAAUCGGCUGAACCCCCUCCGGGCCCCCCCAGCCCAGCCCAGCCCAGCCCAGCCCAGCCCCCUCCUCAGUUCUCCCCCUGUCUCUAGCGCAGCCCCUCCAUCCCUAGGGCAUGGAACUGUUGGUUUUUCUUUUAUACUCCUUUGCACUGACUUUGGCUACAAAAAAGUAUUUAAAAAAAAAUUUUUUUCGAUAAUUAAAAAAAAAAAAAACACAAAAACAAACCACGAACCAACCGGCCCCGCCGAGGGGGAGCCCUUAAUCUGCCUUUUUAUAAACGGAGUUAUUUAAAUAUUGAAUAUUAACGGACUUUUUUGUGCUUUCCCCCCACCUCCCGAGCCUCCUUCCGUUAUUUAUUAAGCUUUUGAGUUUCCCUUUUUAUAACUCUCUCGGUUUUUUUACCCAAAGAAAGUCUCAUUUGAACUUUUGAGACUGUUCCCCCCCGUCCUGCCCCGUCGGCUCCUCUCCGAGCCCAUUCCUUGGUGCGAGCCCGGCAUUGCCCGUCCCCAUUCCCGGGCAAAGUAAACCUCAAAUUAGGUGCUAAACCCCCAUGGGACCCCCCCAGCCCCCAGCCUGACCCCCUCCAGCCCUGAGGGAGCCGCUGCAUCCCGAGCUUUGUCUGGGAAACCCCCGGAGUGGGAUGUGGGGACCCCCAGGCGCCUUCCCAGCUCCCCCCUCGUGGGGUUCAGAGCCCCCCGGCCCCAUGUGGGGGUGAUGGGGGUCCAUGUCUGCCCCAAAAGUGAAGGAUGGAUCCAUCCUGUUCCUGGGAUCUCCUCCUCCUGCUCUUCCUCGGCACAGGCCGGAAUCUGCUGCAGGGCAGGA